AUGCGCACAGCGCGCAGAUUUAGCCGCUCAGUUUCCUGGUUGUUUGCACUCGAAGCGAUGGCUGCAGUGAAAGUGUCCCUGCUUUGUGGAGUGGUAGCGGCUUUUCUCAGUUCACCAGUGCUUGCAUUUGUUGAAGAUCUAGACGACACAUUCAAAGACACCAGGGUGAAUGACGUCUGGCUGGUUGAUUUCUACGCUCCGUGGUGCGGUUACUGUAAAAAGCUCGAGCCGAUAUGGCACGACGUGGGGGUGGAGCUGAAGAGCUCGGGCUCGCCGGUUCGUGUGGGAAAGAUGGAUGCCACUGCGUACUCAGGGAUGGCAUCUGAGUUCGGCGUUCGCGGUUACCCCACGAUAAAACUGUUAAAGGGCGACCUUGCCUACAAUUACAAGGGACCAAGAACAAAAGACGACAUCGUGGAGUUUGCUAACCGGGUGGCGGGGCCGGCCGUCCGGGCGCUUCCCAGCAAGCAGAUGUUCGAACACAUGAUGAAACGACACGACGUGCUCUUCCUCUACAUCGGAGGGGAGUCUCCUCUCAAAGAGAAGUAUAAUGAUGUGGCCUCCGAACUCAUUGUCUAUACUUACUUCUUCUCUGCUUCAGAGGAGGUCUUACCAGAGUCGGUGUCCUUGCCGGAGCUUCCUGCGGUUGUAGUUUUUAAGGAUGGAGCCUACUUCACCUAUGAUGAGUACGAGGACGGGAGCUUGUCGUCGUGGGUGAACAAGGAGCGCUUCCAGGGAUACCUUCAGAUCGACGGCUUCACGUUGUACGAGCUCGGAGAAACAGGCAAACUGGUGGCAAUCGCAGUCAUCGAUGAGAAGGACCCCACAGAGGAGAGCUCCAGAUUAAAGACCUUGAUUCAGAGGGUGGCGAAGGAAUACAGAGAGCAUUUUAACAGAGACUUCCAGUUUGGCCACAUGGACGGGAACGACUACAUUAACAGCCUCAUUAUGGGUGAGGUGGCUGUGCCCUCCGUUAUCAUCCUCAACACGUCCAAUGAGCAGUACUUCCUGCCCGGCGAGCCGAUCCAGAGCAUGGAGCAGCUGGUCCAAUUCAUCACCGGCGUUCUGAACGGUUCUGCACAGGCCUACGGAGGCGACGGCAUCGUUCAGAGGAUCAAACGUGUUGCCUUUGAUGCCAGGUCGACCAUCAUGUCGGUGUUCCGCAGCUCCCCCCUGCUGGGCUGCUUCCUGUUCGGCCUGCCGCUGGGCGUGAUCAGCCUCAUGUGCUACGGCAUCUGCACGGCCGAGUCGGACGACGCCUCGGACGACAUCGACGCGCUGAAGAGAGACGGCCUCACCGACGAGGAGGAGGAGGAGGAGGAGGAGGAGGAGGAGGAGGAGGAGCGGCAACGCGCCGGCGAGCUGGAAGCCGCCGAGGACGAGGACGAGGACGCCGGAGAGAAGGAUCCCGAGGAGAAGAAGACAGAUUAACGCAGGGGCCGCCUGGCGGUCGGAGGAGGACGGGCCCGGUCCAGCGCGGUGACAUGAAACUCAAAGGCAUAUCGAUGUGUUGCUGUCCAGCUUCUUUGUCUUUCAUCUCACUCGCCCCGAAGCCCCCCGGGCCCAGACCGGCCUCCCCUCCGUGAGCUCCGUGUGUCCGUGUGUGCGCGGGGGGCUUCUCCGCCACCGAAAUGAAACUAACAGCAUUUUUAAUGACAGACGCAAAGGUCAGGAGAAGAAGGGACCGCUGCAAACCAAACAUACCACCUGUUGUUGUUUUUUUUUUAAUUUUAUUUAUUCUCCUUCAACCAGCCAGUGGUUUGUUCCAUGUGACUCUCUGACGUAGUUAGAUCGUCGUGUUAAAACCACUUGAACGCCCUCAUUAUAAGGUCAUAUCCCAGGUUUGAGUCUUAAUAUCCUUCCGCGUUAAAAACACGACUUUUGCCUUCAAACUGAAUUGAAAAUAACACCGUGAGAUAUUUUUGUUUACCUUCACCCCGACCCAAAGUAAAGGAAGUGCCCUGGAAGGAAAAUCCGCCAUAAAUGAAAUGUGCUUUUUUUUUUUUUUCUAUUGUACGUUAUUGCCUGAAAAUAUUUCUUCCUCCUCUCCUUCUCGUAGGGGUGCAAAGUGCCGAGACAGCCGUGCAUUCCGGCCCUUUCUCUCUUGUCAGCCGGCUGUUUGUGUCUCUUCCCGUUGAAAGACGAUGAAAAGAGCCGGCACGGUAAUUGGUAUCACUCCCCCAACGCGAUGCCAAAAUACGGCCGGCCGUUUUCCCCCUCCGACAUGACCGACCUGCUCAGAAUUCCGCGUGUAGCCGUGUCGUACCUGUCUAGCGAAAGCCAUAACAUGCGUCAGUAGCCCCGGCGGCUCGCCUCGGAUCGACGGCCUCCGUCUGCCUCCAUAUUUCAAUCUCUCCUCCAUCACUCGUUUGGAUAUUGAAUUCACGAGGCGGUCUGAAGUUUACAUCCCAAGGCAGUGAGACGCAAGCUGAGCACUCAGAUUAUUAGAACUGAAUUCCCUCAUUCCCUCUGCUGAGCUGUGACUCCCACCUUUUCUCUUUUUCUAUAGGUUUAGAAAUCAUGCCCCAUUAUAUUUUAAUAUCCCGGCGACUUAAGUGUUGGUUAUAGCGGAAAUCAGGCGAGGCUGCCGGCUUCCUCUUCAGCUCUCAGAGGUUGAGCCUGUGAGAUGAAAAGAGCGAGUGAUCCUAAAACCUGUGAUACCGCCCUGAUGAGAAAUGCGGAGCGCGAUCAGAGUCCAGGUCCAGCCAGAGAAGCUGAGCGUAGCGAGUUACAGCCUCUCGUCUUUUGUUUGUAAAGCAAAUAAGGAGUCGGCGUGAGCGGCUGCUCACCUUCACCUCGCCGCCUCCACACAGAGGUAACAGAAUCCUCCUCCGUAGCUCGGCGAUCGCCACCGACCGGUGGUUUCAGCGCCGCCGUGGCGCAGCGGCCGGGUCGGCUUCCCGUUGUUUUUGAACCCGCUUCACCGUGAACCGCGCCCUCGCCUUGCCUUCUGCUCUCUGUAGUUGCCUGCCUGCCAUCCGCUGCCAAACUUCCUCUUCGGGUUUGGAGACUGUCACACUUUAUUACAGGUUUGAACGAUUGAAAUAAAGAUUGUCCUCUUUUUUUCUCUCUC